GCUUUGCAGAUGGAACUCGAAGAACCGUAUUGAAAGCUGUGGUUACUCGAAUUAGAGUAGUGUGUGGAAAAUCUUGUUUAAAUUGUUUUUAAAAUUGGUUAUUUUACUUUCCAGACGUAGAGUAACAGUAAUCAAUCUAUAAGAUGCCGCGGAUUAUGAUAAAAGGAGGUGUUUGGCGAAAUACCGAGGAUGAAAUCCUUAAAGCAGCUGUUAUGAAAUAUGGCAAAAACCAGUGGUCCCGUAUUGCUUCCCUGUUACACAGAAAAUCUGCCAAGCAGUGCAAAGCUAGAUGGUAUGAGUGGCUUGACCCAAGCAUUAAGAAGACAGAGUGGUCACGCGAGGAGGAGGAGAAGCUGCUUCAUUUGGCUAAGCUGAUGCCAACUCAGUGGAGGACGAUUGCUCCCAUCAUUGGAAGAACAGCAGCUCAGUGUCUGGAGCACUACGAGUUCCUGCUAGACAAAGCUGCACAGAGAGACAAUGAGGAGGACACUGCAGAUGACCCUCGUAAACUCAAACCAGGCGAGAUUGAUCCCAACCCAGAGACGAAGCCAGCCAGGCCCGAUCCUGUUGAUAUGGAUGAAGAUGAACUUGAGAUGCUUUCUGAGGCAAGAGCUCGUCUGGCUAACACUCAGGGUAAAAAGGCUAAAAGAAAAGCAAGAGAGAAGCAACUAGAGGAAGCCAGACGACUUGCAGCGCUUCAGAAGAGAAGGGAGCUGAGGGCAGCUGGCAUUGAGAUACAAAAGAAAAGGAAGAAGAAAAGAGGUGUGGAUUACAAUGCAGAGAUCCCCUUCGAAAAGAAGCCAGCUCAAGGUUUUUACGACACUUCAAUGGAGAAUUACCAAGCCUUGGAGCCAGACUUUAAAAGGCUGCGCCAACAGCACCUUGAUGGAGACUUGAGAUUUGAAAAAGAGGACAGAGACCGCAAGAAAGAUAAACAGAAGAUAAAGAAGAAGAAAGAAUCGGAUCUCCCUUCUGCUAUUUUGCAGACCAGUGGAGUGUCAGAGUUUACAAAGAAGAGGAGCAAAUUAGUUCUUCCAGCGCCACAGAUUUCCGACUCUGAACUGGAGGAAGUUGUAAAACUUGGACAGGCCAGUGAGCUGGCUCGUCAGACAGCUGAAGAGUCUGGAAUUACCAAUUCUGCGUCCAGUGCUUUGCUGUCUGAGUAUAAUGUGACCAACAAUGCAAUGGCACUGCGCACUCCGAAAACACCAGCUGCUCAGGACAGGAUUCUCCAGGAAGCUCAGAACCUGAUGGCCCUGACGAAUGUGGAUACACCUCUGAAAGGUGGUUUGAACACCCCCCUUCAUGAGAGCGACUUCUCAGGAGUUACGCCCCAGAGACAAGUUGUCCAGACACCUAAUACAGUGCUUGCCACACCAUUCAGAACGCCUACUAAUGGAACAGAUGGGUUGACCCCACGUGGUGCACUCACACCUAAACCAGCUAUUGAAAUAACUCCUGGAAGAACCCCUUUACGUGACAAGCUCAACAUUAAUGCUGAAGAGGGAAUGGUUGAUUAUAAUGAUCCAUCCUAUUCUAAGCACCUGGAAAGAGAGUCACGUGAACAACUAAGAAUGGGCUUGAUGGGUUUACCAGCACCAAAAAACGACUUUGAGAUUGUCCUUCCGGAGAAUGCUGAAAAAGAACUGGAAGAACAUGAAACAGACGAGAGCUUUGUAGAAGACGCAGCAGAAAUUGACAUGAGGAAACAGGCAGUCAGAGAUGCAGAACGUGAAAAGGAAUUAAAGCAAAGACAUGUGGCUGUACAAAGGAAUUUUCCAAGACCAUCAGAAGUAAAUGAGACCAUCUUAAGACCUUUGAAUGUGGAACCACCUUUAACAGAGAUUCAGAAGGCAGAAGAAAUGAUAAAGAAAGAAAUGAUCACCAUGAUUCACUUUGACAGCUUGCAUCACCCCUACACAGAUGCUUUGGAUAAAAAAGCUAAAGGACUGGGGUCUGGAUCGAACAAUGCAGAACAUAUAGUAUACCUGGAACGUAACCUGUAUGAAAAAAUGCAGGAAGAUGAUCUGAAAAAGGCUGAUGAGCUGUUGGCACAGGAGAUGGAGGUGGUGAAGCAUGGCAUGGGGCAUGGAGAUCUCUCAAUUGAUGCUUACAACCAGGUGUGGGAGGAGUGCUACAGCCAGGUGUUGUACCUUCCUGGGCAGGGGCGAUACACACGAGCCAACCUGUCCAGCAAAAAGGACAGAAUCGAAUCUCUAGAAAAGAAAUUGGAGAUCAACAGGGGACACAUGACGAUGGAGGCAAAGAGGGCGGCAAAGAUGGAGAAGAAAAUGAAGAUCUUGCUGGGUGGUUAUCAGUCAAGAGCAAUGGGGCUCAUAAAACAGAUGAAUGACCUAUGGGAUCAGAUUGAACAGGCUAACCUGGAACUGCGCACAUUUGAGGAGCUGAAGAAACACGAGGACAUUGCCAUCCCAAGAAGACAAGAGGCACUUAGAGAGGAUGUCCAGAGGCAGCAGGAGAGAGAAAAAGAACUACAGCAAAGAUACGCUGACCUUCUUCUGGAAAAAGAGACUUUAACAUCUUCCAAGUUUUAGAGCAAACCUCUAUUGUGAGGUCCAAUGGUGCAUGCAUCCAAAGCCCAAUAAAGUUAUUAGUGUGAUUUUUGUACUGGCUGCAAGAUGAAAGCUUUUCAGAUGUCAUUUUCUGCAGUUGUGUGUUUGGAAAUCGAUGUAGAUUUAUUUCACAGACUUGCUACAACAUUCCUCAGUUCUGCCACAGACAAAUAUAUAUCUUAUUGUUGGGCAUUGCAAGACGGAGAAGGAUGCUUAAACGUGAUCUCAUUUAAAUGUUAAAAUCCUAUGCCAGAGGUGGCCAAACCGUGCCAAACAGCAUGUGGCUUUCGGUGAAAUGCUGGGUGACGCACACUUUGCAGCACGAAUGAACUGAAGAAAGAAUAAUAAACAAAAAAGAAAUGAGAGAAAGUACAAAUAAGCACAAGGAGUUUAUUUUUGUUCUCUGUAUUCAUUUGUGUUUAUUUUUCUUUCUUCUCUCCCCUUCUCUCUUUUCAUUUUCUUUGAGUCUGCAUGUUCACUGCAAGGACAUUUCGUCACUUGAUGACAUUUAACACCGCGCGUUGGCCCAUGCGUAUUUCGAUCCUCUCGAGUGAAAGCCGGAUGCGCAGUUGAAAGUCAAUUUUGUAAUUUUGAAUCAAGUGCUUGUUCGUUUCAUGGAGACAAUGACAUUGAGCAAACCAUCUACGAGUAAUAAACGAAAGUAUGAGGCUUUAAGCCAGAAUGGGAGGAAGAGUUUGCUUUCAUUGAAAACAGUGGUAAACCUCUGUCUCAUAUGCAACAAAUCACUUAAGUUACACACUGUAGUCUACAAGGCAAGCAACCUCAAACGUCAUUAUGAAACAAAUCAUAACAAAUGUUCAUCUGAAUAUUCUCCUGGAUCAGACUUGGAGAAACAAGCUAGACUCUUUAAAAGCAUGCUUCAGCAGUCUGCAGGUAUUCCUUUCAGCGUUCAGUAAAGAAGCUGAUCGAUUCAAGUGAGUUUUGUAUGGUGUGGAAUGUCGUUCGUGUCAAACGUCCUUAUUCAGAUAAAUGAAUGUUUUAAAAAUUGUGUUGGCGUUAGACUAGAGAGUGUAUGUUUAAAUGUUAUAUUGCAGGUCUAAAAUUAUAUUUACAUAUCUUGCGUCGUGUCAUGAGCAGGUACUGUAAUACCUUUCAAAAUAAAUGCAGUGCAUUUGUCAUCAACAAAGCUCUCAAAAGUAUUUAUACACACAGCAGUCAUACAAACUUUUUUUUUUGAGCAUUCAGAUCUUCAAGGGAAGAGCUUAUAAAAAAUAAUUCUUACAAAAAUAUCUUGUGGUGUUUUUGGUGAAAUCAGGGCAGUUAUCACAUUUUGCUUCAUAAUAACUAAAUAUAUUUUAUUACAGGAUAAACAGAAUUAAUGGAAAAACACCAGUGUCACCCCUAGUAGUAGUGUUUGUCACCCCAUUACAAUACAAUGUGGUCAUUAUAUUAUUGAUGUGCAAAUUACAGUACUGUUUAAGAUUGCACUGAUUUUGAAACCCAAACAAUGCCACUUCAUUCCUUAUAUUUUUAAGUGAAAGCUGUUCACACAAUAUUCAUCUAAGGGUAAGCAGGUGAUCAGAAGCCACACUUAAAAUAAAUAAAUAAAGUAAAAUUUAAUAAAAAUUGCUGUCGUAAAACUUGCAUGGAAUUAUGUUUGUCAUUGAGGACCUAAUCAUAAAAGACCAACUAAAUACUGCUGUAAAAUAACCUUGAUACUAUUAUUUUAAAUAAAUGGGCUAAUUGGCCAAUCUUGAAA